CAAAACUAUUUGAUUGACGGUUGCAUCAUUGGCCAUCAGUCUUGUCCACUACCACUUCCCCGAUCUUGUGCGUUGCCGAUCCACGGGCCUUUGGUUGCUGUUGCGAAGCAUCCGGCGUCCAUCCAAUGGCAAAUAUCACUUGCACCGAUGCUUCCACCUCUUUAUUACCGAGAUCUGGAUCGCCAUCUUGUGGUUGCAUUGCAUAGAGCUCAUCAUAAAUGCAUGCCGUGGCUAGAAAGGUGUCUUGUGCUGUUCGCUCCCUCUUUUUGAUACUGGCGUUGUUUUCGCCCAUUCUUUGGAGAUGUUCCAUGAGAACAAAGGCAUCUGGAUAGGAUACAUGUACCGUGUCAAUAUCAAUGGUUGGGAGGGCAAAUUUCGCACGUUGCAUUAGAGACCCAAUGUCGGAGAGUUCCACAAAAGGUCCGACGUGAGGGCUGACUCCACCCUCUCGUUCCAAUUCUGCCAUGACCAUUGCCACUCGAAGUUCGGGCAACGUCUCUCCACCCACCAUGGCAAACAUGAAACAUCCAUCUGGUUUCAAGACUCGCUGAUUGUAUGUUUGUGUGAUGUGUGAUAAAUCAAGGUUCAACAAUCCAAUGAGGCACUUGAAAAGGGGAACAACGACAGCACAUCCAGCAAGUAACUUACAUGUGCCUCCUUGAACAAGCCUGGUAGAUUAUUGACCCAAUGCAAAGCGCACGAACUAAUGACAAGAUCAAAGGUUCCAUCUGGAAACGGUAGCUUCCCUUCCUCCUCGGCAUGCAUUCGGUAGGUGCCGCAUCGGUCCAUGCCUUCAAACUCUUCCUCCGCGUCGCGGUGAAGCAUUUCCUGGCUAGAAUCCAACUGGACCAGUUUUCGAACACCACCAAUUCCUCCCUCUCCUUCCAGGGCAUCGUCCGCACAGAUGGCUCGAUAAAUGUAUCCCGGACCCGAUCCGACAUCCAGCGUCAAUGGGAAUCCUUCUUCUCUCCGAAUAUCAUCCAAUCGAUCGACCAACCGACGGGCUAUUUCCUCCCGAAAAUAGUCGUAUGAUACUCGAUCAGUAUCAUUGAUAUCAUCAUCUGCUUGUUUCCACAGUUGCUGUGCUCGGGCUGCAUUGUCGCGUUGACGUUGCUUGAUGGUGCGAUCAAAGGCUACCGACGUGCUGCUGCCGUCGCUACUGGAAGAAAGCGAACGGGACAAGCAACAUGGCGGUCGCAGUACUUGUCGUGACGACCUCACUCUACUUCUGGUCGACGACGAUAGCCCCUCCUGUAUUGGAGCUACUAAACGCUUCCUCGUCGUUGAAAGCAGGAGCCUUGGGUAGUUCAUCAUGGUCUCGAAGUGUGAACUGUGGUUUGUGGUCUGUGUCAGUUUUGUUGUGGUUGGAGGUUGGAGGUUGGUGGCGUUUGUGGGUUGGAUCGGUUGUUAAAUCUUUCUGUUGGAUCUUUGGAAAAGGAUUUAAGCGAUAGAAAGAUCCAAUCUCGGCCAGAAUUAUUCAUCGCCCCACACCCAACCUCAAACCUCCUCAUGGCAACUAAUAAGUUCAAUUGAGAGCAUCGGUCCAAAGUCCCGGUUUCAGACCAUAGCUAGCUAGUAGACACCUUGAAAAUGCUACAACGCCUGAUCAUGGCCAUGGUUGUAGCAAUGCAAACGUCGAGAGUCCGAAGCUAUGUGUUUUCCAAUCUACCGUAUUCCUGUCAUUUCAGUUUUUGUCCCAAUCAGCUGCAUAGGUCAACGUACCAGAAAACACUGACAAGGACAAGAAUAACCUACAAACGACUACAAAGUCCUCCAACACGGCUGUUUGGUACCAAAGAAUCCUCUUUGCUCAGUGACACAGAUUCAUCGCUGGAAAAAUCAGUGCCGGUAGCACCAGAAUUAUUGUCACCCAGUCAAAUCCGGUACACUGGAACGGUCACAGUAUUGGAUCAAGGACAGCAUCACCUGGUGGUUGCCAAACCGCCGUCAGUGCUCUGUCACCACAGCGGAUGGGCAGGAUCCAGAAAAAAGAAAAAAGACCAGGAACCAGAGAUACCCAUGCUUCAACGCGUCCGACAAGCACUCCAGGGGAGAAGAGUCAAUGUCAUUCAUCGUCUGGACCGGGGAUGUAGUGGAUGUCUCUUAUUUGCCUAUGCAGAAGAUGACAAUAAUAGCAACGACACUGAAAAUGAGAAGGAGAAAGAAGAUAUCAAGUUGAUUUGCAAAAACAAUACAGCCAUUCUCAGCGAUGCAUUGGGAAUGAAAUCCACCACCAAAACGUAUGUGGCACUGGUCCGUGGUGAAGGGAUCCUUCACGGACGGGAUUUUAAACAGGAAGGAUGGUUUGAAGUAUCACGUCCUAUCAAGAACGAACGAGGUAACCUUCAAAAUGCAACAACCUUCUUUCGCUUUGUGGCUGGGCAAGCCAGCAUCGGGACAGAGCUCGAACAACCACGAGCUAGCCUGGUGCUAGCACGGCCCUUGACUGGGAAAUGGCAUCAGAUACGACGGCAUCUCAAUGGAUUGAGUCAUCCGAUUCUAGGAGACUCGUCUCAUGGGAUUUCCAAGGUUAACCGAGAAUGGAAAGAAAGAGGGAUGCCCGCAGAACGCACCUGCCUCCACCUCGCACGGUUGCAAAUGGAACCAACGACUGCGUGCCCGGAUGGUAUUGAUGCCUCUUGUCCUUUGCCCGAUGACAUGAUGGACAUGUUGAAGAAUCAUCUGCCGAACGUCUUGAAGGAUGCAGCACCGAUUCUGGAGGAAGAAGGCAUUGUGCUCAACCCAAACAACGACAACUCGAAGGCACUGCCGUACGAGUUUGUAAUCAAUCAAUCGCAAUAGUGCAUUGGACCUGCCUGAGUCACUACUGGUAGCUAGCUAGCUGACAAUAAAUAAUUGCUGAAGAGGGUAAAGGUCUAUUGCAAAAGGGAACGUUAUUACAGUUAUAGUCUAUCAUACAGUAU